AUGAGAAUUGUCUCAACAGGACACGAAAAAUCGAAUUUUACCGUUGUCCUCUCUGUGACGGCCGCUGGAGAGAAAUUAAAACAGAUGAUCAUAUUCAAGAAAAAGAGGAUUCCGAAAGAUAAUUUCCCUCCUGGAGUGAUUGCAGAGCAAAUGAUAAAGGGCCAUCUGACAGAAGACGUUCUAGAGCUUUUCAAGGAGCACUCAAGGAUCGCGGUCAUUCCAGGCGGAAUGACCAAAUAUCUACAGCCUCUCGACGUCGGCAUCAACAAGCCCUUCAAAGACAAUCUGAGGGCGGGAUGGGAGCGAUGGAUGGCCGAUUCAGCACGAGCAAGGUACACAACAGGCGGCGCCAGGAAAAGGAUGACCUACGGAGAGUCAGCAUGCUCCAGCGCAGUAGUUCGACCCACGUCGUUCUACUCCCGAAUCAGGAAGAUAGCGAGCAAAGAUUGCACAAAGAUGCGUGACGCUUUACCUGGCGAUUCCGCUACUGGUUUAGAAUGGGAGGGUAUUAUUGGCUUAUAG